CUCGACUGCAUUUCACAGUAGUGAAAAUAUCAGAUUCAGCGACGAGAAAGUCCAGUCCGACGCGAUGACAGAGGAAUCUGCCAGGAAGAGGGGCGUGGUCACGCUCACCGCCGACCAAUCGUACGAGGGCGUUUCGAGCGGUUACCAGGACGACGACGACGUGUGGAGGGCCUUCCUAGAGAGCCCGCUGACGGCCGCCUCCAAGGCCAUGAUGAGCGUGAACGGAGAUGAGGAAGCUACCGGAGCCCUGGGCAUGCUCUACGAAUACUACAAAAUUCCUCGGGACAGGAAGCCUGGAAUCCAAUUUAAAACAGAGAGCCCUUCUUCAGAAGACCCGGAAACCAGCAAAACCAACAGCAGCAGCUUCCCGGGGGCCUACCAGGACUCCCUGCUGACGAUGACCCCGCUGACCAACGUGUCCCUGCACAACGUGGUCCGGGCAAGCCCCCCCAAGCCCGCCAAGAGGGGGGGCUCCUACAGCCACCCGUACCCGGAGCCCAUCGUACCGCCGCCCCCCUACUCCGACGCCCGGCACGCCCUCCCGGAGGGGGUGGCCCCGCCGCCCCGCCGCCCCCAGACCGCCCCCCAGGGGUUCAGAGCCGCCCUGGGGGGCCCCGGGAGCCUGGGGCACAGGGGCAGUAGCCCCGGGUCUCUCACCCCGGACUCCACCUGCCAGGGUUUUGCUCUAGCAGAGAACCUCCAGAUGCGUCUGGGGUCGGUCAGCUCAGAUGACCUUCCCCUCGACAGCUCAACAUGUCUCAGUUUUGAGUACAUUCUGGAGGCCCCCCAGUCCCUGAGGCCCAAGAGCAGCGGCGGCCCCACCAGCUACCUGAACAAGGGCCAGUUCUACCCCAUCACCUUGUGUUACCGUGACGAUGGAUCCGGGCCCCCAAAGAACUAUCACAGCGUCAGGAGUGUGGUGAUGCUGGUGUUUGGGGAGGAGAAGGCUUAUGAAGAUCAGCUGAAACAUUGGAGGUUCUGGCAGAGCAGACAACACACUGUCAAGCAGCACUGUCUGGACAUUGCUGAUUACAAAGAAAGCUUCAACACAAUCUCCAAAAUGGAAGAGAUAGCGUACAACGCCGUCUCCUUCACCUGGGACAUCAAGAACGAAGCGAGGAUCUUCAUCUCGGUCAACUGUCUGAGUACAGACUUCUCCCCCCAGAAGGGCGUGCGGGGCCUGCCCCUCAACCUGCAAGUGGACACCUAUGCCGUGGGUCGUCAUGGCGACCGGCUGGUGCACCGCGCGGUCAGCCAGGUGAAGGUGUUCUGCGACAAGGGGGCGGAGCGGAAGAUCCGUGACGAGGAGCGCAAGCAGAACCGCAGGCGGAUGAAGGGGCUGGCGUCGGACACCUCCGGCACGCUUGACAAGAACUCGGUGAAGUACUAUGAUCUCACUGUGUUCACCAGUCUCGACGACCUGGACUCUGUUCCGGUUCUGUUCAUACCAGAAUCCUCCUUCUCCCAGAGACACGGCUGCCUGACCAGCGAGGGCGUCGAAAGCUCCGGCCAGAGGAGACCGCCUUUCCAAGGCGACCCCGCGCCGGCCAAACGCCCGCGACACGACGAAUCAAACCGAGUGUUGCUGUACGUACGUAGGGAAGAGGAGGAGGUGUUUGAUGCUCUGAUGCUGAACACUCCAACCCUCUCAGGCCUGCUGCAAGCCGUAAAUGAAAAAUACAAUGUACCUCUCGACCGAUUCGGGAACGUUUACAAGAGGUGUAAAAAAGGGAUGCUGCUCAACGUGGACGACAACAUCAUCGAGCACUGCUCCAAUGAGGACACCUUCCAGAUCGACAUGGAAGAGCAGGGAGGCCAGUUCGUCCUCACCCUGACCGAGAUCUGACCCCGCAUGAGAGAUCUGACCCUGGAACAGAGAUCUGGCCCUAAAACAGAGCCGAAGAGGCCUCUGAUCUACACCCCUGAUCAAUAAUGCUGUACCUUAAGCCACAAACGGAAAGUGAAAGUGAAACUAUUUCAGAGGGAGUCAGGAAUUCAUCCUCUGAUAUCUCAAGCGUAAGAAAUGGCAAACCUGAGAAGAACAUACACUGGGAUAUACCCAGUAUAACUGCAGUCUUCAAUUAGCCGCGACUAGUAAAACCACAGUCUUCUACUAUGGACCUCUAGAAUCCACACAGUUUAACCACAGGUCCUACCGUUUUUCUCCAGUCCCAGAUCAUCUGUAUCCAAGGUAGUGGUUCCCAACCUUGGAGUCGGGACUCCAUUUUGGGUCGCUUAUUUGGCACAUGCAUCAUGAUACAAAACAACAAGCUAGUAAUUAAAUAAGUCAGUAAAUACAUGUACGGCAAUGCACCUAACACCACUGGGACCUCAACCGACAGAUAUUCAUACAGUCAUAACGAGGCGUGAAAUACAAGACGCACAACACCAUAGGACAUUUCUGAAACGAAAAAGCGGUCAGGGGUCAAGAAAGGAUUCCAACCAUGGCCCUGUGGGCCCCUCUAGCUAGUGUUUGUUUGGGGCCACCAGAAUACCAGCAGAACUUUCCCAGGAAUCCCUAGUCGUCCCCCUUGGGGGGAUUGUGGGGUGUGUCGGCCUCUCCAGGAACUGGAACACAUGUUGACCCCUAGAGGCCUAAAGGGGGCCCCCACCCCCCAGAUGGGUCUGUCACCUGUUUGUUAAGACGGCCCCUCGACCCGGCGGUUCCUUUGGGACCCUCGGAGCCUGUGACCAGAGGAGUGCUGGGAUAGGGGGUACCGGUCAUGAUUAGGGAAUGGGGAUUGGGGAACCGAGCCUCGGGUAGGCGUUCGUAUUACACUGGGGUUCCCCCCCGAAUGGUUCUUUCCAGGCGGACUUGGAACGCCACACAAAACCACCGCUGAGUUAUUUGGAUUCAGGACCAAAGAGAGGUGUAGACAUUUUCACAUUCGGUUUACACCAACAGUCGUAGAGUCUGAAAGUCUGCCCAACACAAUGUGUUUGCAGCAACAUCUGCUGUUUGAGUGUGAUGGCCUUAUUCUUAACAGGUGUCAAUCACACUGGUUUGAAAUAACACGCUUGUGUAUGCAGGCACGCACACACAUACAAUCCGCACACACAGAUCCAUGCACACAAGCACGCACACACACAAACACGCCGUAUGCAUGAAUGUGUCACAGUGUGACAUGUAUUCAGUGUUCAUUAGCAAAAGGUAUUGUGAACAGUUAACAUCUCAAUAUUAACAAUUUUUCUGUUUAGUUUGAAAGGAUUUUUGUAACUGAAAAAAAUUAUUGGAUUGGAUUUCUUCCAAGAAUUUCUGUAAUUUUUGCUGAUGUGGUGUUUGGUCUUUAAAGUAUUCUCCUUGUGUCUUUAUUAUUUUAUACUGAAUUAAAUUAGUCUAAAGAAAAAAUGACUGGAACACUUUAAGUGUUCAUGCAUUUCUGUGUGUGUGUGUGUGUGUGUGUGUGUGUGUGUGUGUGUGUGUGUGUGUGUGUCUGUGUCUGUCUCUGUGUGUGUG